CGGUUAACCAAAGAGUGAUUGCUGUCUGGGGUGUUCACGCAAUUCCAAGGGAAUUUCCCUCAUCGAACAUGGAGAACACGGACUCUUUUACGUUGCUGAACACGAUAAACAUCAGCGCAACCUUGAUCUGCAUGAUUCUCAAAGUUCCGCAGAUUUUCUUGUUGCUGCACACCAAGUGUACUAAAGGGGUGAGCCUCCGGGCGCUACUGCUGGAGAUCACCGGGUAUAUUGUGUUUGCCACAUACCAGAAACACCAUGGAUACCCUAUUGCCACAUUCCUGGAGUACCCAAUCAUGGUAGCUCAAGACUCUAUCCUUCUCCUGAUGAUGCUCCACUAUGAUGGCAACUUCUGGCAGAGCCCCAUCUAUAGCCUAGCAUAUGUAGUGGGAUGGCAACUGCUGAGUUUGCAAGGCUGGAUAAUUGACCUUGCAUUGUCCUUCUGCACUUUCAUCAGUGGCAGCAGUAAGUUCAGUCAGCUGCAGUGUCUGUGGGCGUCAGGAGAUGCUGGACAGGUCAGCGCCCUCACCUGGGCCUUGGCCACAUACACCUGUAUAGCGAGGAUCUUCACAACCGUAUCCACCACUGGAGACCUGAAAGUUCUGCUGCGGUUCUUCGUAUUGACCGCGCUGAACGGCUGGGUCUUCGUCACCAUCGUGUACUACAGGUUGCGUGGGAAAAAACACGCCUGAACGAACGCAGCGUUGCCAUGGAGACGGACACGCUCGUCGGCCCGACGGAGUGCCUGGAACAUCUGUGCUGUUGCUGUGGCGACCAGUUACUACACCAACUGGUUUCUGAAGGUUGUUCUCUUCUGGUUCUGUACUGAAAGUCCAGCGAGAGCAACCGUGUCACCACAUAUGAGACAACGAAUAUUUUCUGUAUAUUACAGUAUAUCACAAUAUGCACUAUGCUUUACCUCGAAAAGUCUUAGUUAAUGUUUCAUGGGAACCUGAAAAGAUGACCCCUGUUGCAUUGCAUACGUUUUUGUUUACCUCUGACAACUAAGCAAAUAUGAACUUCAGUUACAGAUGAACGAUACAUGAUGUUUUGUGUGACACUACU